UAAAUCAGACAGUAAAAAUUGGUAGAUCGUCUACGAUGACCAGAGUUGUUGAAUCCUAGUUUAAGGGUCUAACAGGCCUUCGAUCCGUUGCCAAUCCAAUCUAUGUGACAACGAAGAAAUGUAUUCUGCCGUACAUUUAGAAUAGGAUGACUUUUGGGUCCAGUCAGUCGGAGAAUAAUGGAUAUCUGUGGCAAACGCGUCCGCUGGCAGUUGUGUUCCACUUUGGCACUGUGCAUUAUGUCAACGACUCAUGGAAUAUCAUUGGGAUGGUUCUCUCCCUCUUUGCCCAUCCUCCAAUCGGACGAGAGUCCAAUUGGUGAAUCCGUUAACAUAAAUGAUGUGAUGUGGAUCGGUUCCAUGCUUGCAGUUGGCUCUCUGAUUUGCAACAUGAUUAUUUGGUUUCCGAUUGGAUUUGUUGGAAUAAAGAAGUGCAUGUACUUCGUGGCGUUACCCAAUGUGAUGAACUGGAUCCUAAUCUACAUAGCACGCAACUCGAUAUAUUUAUAUGUGGCUCGUAUUUUGUUGGGAAUUUCUGGUGGCACUCUUGUGGUUUCCUUUCCUAUAUUCAUCGCGGAAAUUUCUGACAAUAGCGUUCGGGGCACUUUUACGUCAUUUUUUAUGCUGACUCUCUGCGGUGGCAUUACAGUAGGAUUUGUAUUGGUUUUUUACACCACCUAUCAUGUUCUACCUUGCAUCGUCAUAGUCCUGCCCAUUCUCUAUGUGAUUCUCAUCAUUCCGCUUCCCGAGCCUCCACAUGAUUUGCUGAGACGUGGCCGCGAUGAAAAGGCCGAGAAGUCCUACUACUUCUACAAGAAUCUUACAAAAGAUCCGACUAAACAGAACGAAAACAAAGCGGAAUUCAACAGUUUUCGGGAAAGAGUCCUAAGCGGCGGUGUUAAAGAAAAGAUUACAUUCCAAGAUUUCUUUAACAAGGUAUCGAUGAAGGCGUUUGGCCUAAUCGCCGUUUUGCUGAUUUGCAAUCAGAUGUCGGGGACCUUUGCCAUCUUCAACUACGCGUCGACCAUCUUCACAGAGCUCGGAAGCACGAUGGAGCCAAAUAUAUGUGCCAUUGUCCUGGGUGUUGUGCAGCUUUUUGGCCUAGCAAGCGCCGUCCUCCUGGUGGAUCGAGUGGGUCGCCGAUGGCUGCUGAUGCCCUCGCUGGCUUUAAUGGGCCUGGGUGAGCUGAGCGUGGGCCUGCUUAAAUCCUUUGCCUCGCCGCACUUUCUGGACCAUCAUGGCUGGCUUGGGCUGGUUCUGAUGUGCUUUGUAGCCUACACGUCAUCCGCCGGACUGAUCGCUCUGACCUUCGUCCUUAUCGUCGAGCUGCUGCCAGUGAAGAUCCGUGCUCCUGGCGCCUCCAUCAGCAUGUGCGGACUCAGUUGCUCUGUAUUUGUGGCGCUCAUGACUUAUCCCGUCGUAAUCAACGAGUAUGGAGUUGAUGUCACAAUGUACAUGUCGGCGGGCUUCUGUUUUUUGGGGUUUAUAUUGAUGGGUACAUUUUUGCCUGAGACAAAAGGAAGAAGUAUGACCCACUUCCACAUCAUGACGCUGACCCACGGAAUUUCCGUGGGAUGGUUGUCGCCCUCUCUUCGACUUCUCGGUUCCGCGGAAAGUCCCCUUGGAGAUCCACUGACCAUCACCGAAGCAUCCUGGGUUGGAUCACUAAUCGGCCUAGGCUCGCUGACUGGAAAUAUAAUCUUUGGACUGCUACUCGAUCGUUUGGGCCGUAAACUGUGCAUGUAUUUCCUGGCCAUACCCAAUAUGAUGUACUGGAUCCUAAUCUAUGUCGCCCAAGACGUUACGUAUCUUUAUGCUGGACGAUUUCUGGCGGGGAUGUCGGGAGGCGGCUGCUAUGUUGUGUUGCCCAUAUUCAUUGCGGAAAUAGCCGAUAACAGCGUUCGCGGAGCGUUAUCAUCCAUGGCCAUGAUGUACGUUAGCAUCGGCAUGAUGGUGGGCUUUACAUUGGCCUCAUAUCUCUCGUAUCAUCUGAUGCCGUGCAUUAUCGUCGCCCUGCCAGUGGUGUUUAUGCUGGCAAUCAUUGGCUUAGCUGAGACACCACAGUAUUUGCUGAGGCGUGGCCGCGAUGACCAGGCCGAGAAGUCCUUCUACUUCUAUAAGAAUCUGACGCCCCCCACUUCUUCUGACAAGGAGGCUUCUAGCCAUGACGAGGCCAAAAUGGAGUUCGACUCGUUUCGCCUUCAGGUUCUCAGUGGCGGCGUUACCGAUAGCAUUUCUUGGCGAGAUUUUAUCAACGCACCUACUCUGAAGGUAUUCGGCUUGAUCUUUGUGCUGAUCAUCAGCAAUCAGCUGUCGGGGAGCUUUGCCAUCUUCAACUACACGUCGCACAUCUUCGCGGAGCUGGGCAACAAACUGGACCCGAACACCUGCACCAUCGUAGUGGGAGCUGCCCAGUUGGUGGGCAUCUUCAGUGCCGUGGCCCUGGUGGAUCGACUGGGACGUCGCAUCCUGCUGCUCACCUCGAUGGGUGGGAUGGGCUUGGGCGAGCUGGCCAUUGCUCUGCUGAAGUGUUUCGCAUCGGACGAGUUCCUGGACCAGAAUGGAUGGCUUCCCUUGGUCAUAAUGUGCCUUGUGGCCUGUAUUGCAUCGCUGGGCGUCAUAGCCCUGAUCUUCAUAAUCAUCAUUGAGUUGCUGCCAGCUAAGAUCCGCUCCAUUGGCACCUCCUUGAGCAUGGCCACUUUCAGUGCAUUCAUUUUUGUAGCUCUAAAAAUCUAUCCCACCAUGAUCUACGAUCAGGGCCUGGCUGCCACCAUGUUCAUGUCGGCUGGAAUGUGCUUCUUUGGAUUCAUUGUCUUGGGACUGUUUCUGCCUGAGACCAAAGGAAAGCUGAUGACGCACUGAUGACAUGAACCUCGUGCCCAACCACGCCAUAUUGUUGCUUUCUUUGGCGAUGCGAGCCCAUUGCAUAAGCUGAGGGAUCCAAAAUGAGCCCAUGUCAAGCGUACUUAUUCAAUAAUUUCUGGCACAAUAGCGGCAACCGCUCAUCCUGAACUCUUGAACUUAAUUCAAUUUUCGAGCAUUGCGGCUUUUCCUAUGGCAAGAGAAAUUUAAUUUAGUUUCGUUGGGAGAAAGUCUCGGGGCUGUGAUCUUGUGAUUGAUAAUCGCGAAAAUGUGAAUGGAUAGGCAUAAGUUACUUGUAGCUAUUAUUAAG